GUCGGCGGCGCCGAGGCCCCUCCCGCGGCUGCAUAAAAGGCGCGGGCUCCGCAGCGCAGGCGGCAGUGGGGGCCGAGGAGCGCGGCCAAGAAGACUGUGCAGCGGAGAAGCGCGGUGCCUAGAGCGCGGGCCGCCUGCGGAGCGACUGCCCCAGUCAGCCCGAUCCCGGUCUCAGCCCGAUCCCCACCGGAGCCGAGCGGCCCCGGUGCUCCAAGUGUCCGCAGCCAUGCUGGCCGGCCGCGCCACACGCACCUGUGCGCUGAUCGCCCUCUGCCUUCUGGGCAGUCGGGCCCAAGAUUUCGGGCCGACCCGCUUCAUCUGCACUUCGGUGCCGGUGGAUGCCGACAUGUGUGCCGCGUCCGUGGCCGCGGGCGGCGCGGAGGAGCUUCGGAGCAACGUGCUGCAGCUCCGCGAGACCGUGCUGCAGCAAAAGGAGACCAUCCUCAGCCAGAAGGAGACCAUCAGGGAGCUGACCACCAAGCUUGGCCGCUGCGAGAGCCAGAGCACCCUGGACUCUGGUCCCGGCGAGGCCAGGUCGGGAGGCGGCCGCAAGCAGCCUGGCUCGGGCAAGAACACGAUGGGCGACCUGUCCCGGACGCCGGCCGCGGAGACGCUCAGCCAACUCGGGCAAACUUUGCAAUCUCUCAAAACCCGACUGGAGAACCUCGAGCAGUACAGCCGCCUCAAUUCUUCCAGCCAAACCAACAGCCUCAAGGAUCUGCUGCAGAGCAAGAUCGAUGACCUGGAGCGGCAGGUGCUGUCUCGGGUGAACACUCUGGAGGAGGGGAAAGGGGGCCCCAAGAACGACACAGAGGAAAGGGCCAAGAUCGAGAGCGCCCUGACCUCCCUACACCAACGGAUCAGCGAGCUGGAGAAAGGUCAGAAAGACAAUCGCCCCGGAGACAAGUUUCAGCUGACAUUCCCACUGCGGACCAACUACAUGUAUGCCAAGGUGAAGAAGAGCCUGCCAGAGAUGUAUGCCUUCACCGUGUGCAUGUGGCUCAAGUCCAGUGCGGCGCCUGGAGUGGGCACACCCUUCUCUUAUGCUGUGCCUGGGCAGGCCAACGAGCUGGUCCUCAUCGAGUGGGGCAACAACCCCAUGGAGAUACUCAUUAAUGACAAGGUGGCCAAGCUGCCAUUUGUAAUCAACGAUGGCAAAUGGCAUCACAUCUGUGUCACCUGGACCACCCGGGACGGGGUCUGGGAGGCCUAUCAGGAUGGUACCCAGGGCGGCAAUGGAGAGAACCUGGCACCCUAUCACCCCAUCAAACCACAGGGCGUGCUGGUGUUGGGUCAGGAACAGGACACUCUAGGUGGAGGGUUUGAUGCCACCCAAGCGUUUGUGGGUGAGCUAGCCCAUUUCAACAUCUGGGACCGCAAGCUGACCCCCGGGGAGGUGUACAACCUGGCCACCUGCAGCAGCAAGGCUCUCUCUGGCAAUGUCAUCGCCUGGGCUGAGUCCCAGAUCGAGAUCUUUGGUGGAGCCACCAAGUGGACAUUCGAGGCUUGUCGCCAGAUCAACUGAAGGCUUCAGGCUAGGGCUGAUCCCCCAGCCCCAGCGCCUGCCCACCCUGCUUGUGCGGUGACCCAUCGUCUCUCUUCUCCCCUUCCCCCAGGAAUGACUCAAGGCCAUGGCCCCUGCACACGCACACGCACACAGCCUGGUUGUCCUCCCUGUGCACAUGAAGCAGUCCCGGCUCUUCUCUGGCCCCCAAGGACACCCCCUUCUCUCUAGGGGCCCCACUAUAUCCUGGGCAUGCCUAGCUAAAGCAGGCAGCAUUAGCUUUGACAAUGCAGAAUUAAGAGAGAGAGAGAGAGAGAGAGAGAGAGAGAGAGUAUGUGUGUGUAGGGGAGGCUUUCUUCUAGAAUGAGUUAGUUUGUUCCCUUCUUUCUGUGUGAUUGUUGUAAGUUUCCUGAUGGGUCGGCUGCCUGUGUGCCUCAGGGCUGGUGCGGCUUCCUGGACCACCCAUUUGUCCUUGUUUGCAGACCUCUUUGGGAGCGAUGUAGGUCUCUGUUGACAUAAGUCAACAAUGUUUUGUCAAGGCUGUGGUGGUGGGGGGGCUUUCCACAGGAAUAUUUGGGGGGUGGAUGAUAAGUGGAGUCUCUGAAAUUUAAAGGCUGGUUGUCCAGGGAUGGCACCACCUGCCAAUCAGCCCCUUCCCACGCCCCCAUCAGGCUGUCUGCUGUCUGCAUCUGAGGGUAGCAUGGGCCGAGCCCCUCAGCAGCUCUACCCCAGGACUGCUCCUCACCUCACCCUUGGCCUUCCUGCCUCCUUGUAUCUUACCAAGGAACCUGUUAUUCCCUUUCAGCUUCCAAAGCUACUUCAGCCCAGUGGUUCUGAGAGGAGAGUGCCCUUCCAGAGUCCCAGGACACAGGGCCUUGGCACCCACCCUUCCUCCUCCCUCUGGCAAUGAGAGACCAGAGGCUUCAAGUGGGGGGUCUCACGUGCUUGGUCUCAGUGCUAGAGAAUACUGAGACCUGAUCCACAGUCCGUGGGAAUGGUUUCCCACGGCAUUUUUCACAGCCAUACUCCCUCCCCCCAGCGCACCCAGGCCCAGGUGAGCUAGCUCAGACCCCUCAGGGGCCAGGGGCUCAGAAACCUCUCAUGUGGAGCCUGCUGGCUGGGGUGGGGCCUGCCAUCCACUCCUGCAUUUCAUGGGGCACAAACCCAGCAGCAGCCCCAACCUGCCACCGGCCUGAGACACUGAGCCCGUGGCUUUUCCUUAUUGAAAGUAGGCAUGAGUACCCCCUUCUGGGCCUUCUGAGGAGGGGGACGAAAUGUGUGUGUGCACAUGUGUCUGUUGAAUGCUGAGGAGGCUGUGUCCAGGCAGGGUGGACCCCUGCAUUGUUCCCCCCUGUGUUGUGGGCACACGCCCAGUGACACCUGGACUACGUCUCCAGUAGCCUGACUAGCAGGAGGCUGGCAAGUCUUUCUAGAAACCUACGCACUGCCUGGCUCGUCUGCAGCUGCAGACACUUAAUUCCUCAACAGGAGCAGGUUUUCCACCUGCUGUUCCUUCCAGGGGCACCUGUCUCCUUCCACACAGGUCCAUGUUGUGUCUGAAACUAGUGCAUCCGUGUCUGUCUGUGUGCUGUCUGUGUCACUGUUCUUGUGGGUGUCUGCACAGUUCCCUGGUCACCGAUCUGUGGUGCAUCCUCUCUGAGGGUGCGGAUCAGGCUGUGCUCCACCCGUUGUCCAGCAGUGGCUUUUUCUUAGAUAUUUGUGCUUCCUCAGCACCCGCCGGGUUGUGGCAUCCUUGGAUCUGCGGGGAUCUUCUGUGUUUGCAUGUUCCUCAGGGUGGUGUGUCCCUUGCUCCCUUGGUCCGACGCGUGUUCCCUUGCCUGCAUGGACUUCUCUGGUUCUGUGUUUGUGUGCUGAAUGCCACCCAGUGUUCUGUGAUCACCCAUGUAGCUACUGAAAAAUGACUGGGUAAGCAAGCCAGGGGUGUUGGGGAGGUCGGGAGAGAGAUCAACAUGCCUCUCCCCUCCCCCUCCCCAGACAUAGCAAGAAGCAUCUAGGUUGAGAACAAGCCUGAAUGGUACCCAUGGUUGGGAGAGAGAACUCGAACUUCAAAUCGACUUUCCAGACCAGAUCGAGCCCCACCCUUACUUUUAGCCUUCUGGGAGCCACCACCAGGCGAGGCCCAGAGCCGGCUAUGCCCGGUGUACUCCUGCCAACCCCUGCCACCAGCCCCAGCCCCUGCCAAUGCGGACCCCAGACCACUUGCACCCAGACGGGUGGAGUGGGAGCUGUCCGUUCAGGACCACAAGCCAUCCUCUGCCCUGGCUUAGAGGGCAGAGCACACCCAAUGCUUCUGCCUCUGUCCCUUCAUCUCUCCACUCCUCUCCCUUCUCUCCCCUGCGGCACCCACGGUGCCAGGGACAGACGCUGACAUCUAGCUCUUGCCCUGCCCCUUACUGGAGUCUGUGCCAAGCCCUCCUCUCCGUCACUGUGUUCACACUUGGCACUUUGCUGGCCCUGAGAAAGGUAAUGACAGCCGCAAAUCUAAUCCGCAUAUUUCCCAUCGACUCCGUAAUCUGAUUGAUGUUCCCUCUUGCACUGAAUAAUACAUGCCUCUCUCAGGUAAGCCAUUUUAUAAAAUAAGAGAUAAAACGCACUGUCGAGACAGUGUUUGCUUCUGCCGAUGGUGUCCGACAGCACCCUGGGCAUUAGGGUGGUAGAGCUGCCACGGAGGCUCCCAGGCCCUAGGGGCUGAGAGCUCACUUGAAUCGUAAGCCUUCUUGCUUUUGAUAACACAGUAUUAUUUCUCUUACUGUAGAAGAAAAAGUUUAUUACCAAACAAGAGUAUUUUUAUGAAAGAAUAGGACAAACCUAUAAAUUAUCUCAACCUAUAUCUCCCUUGAAAAUACUUUCAGGCUCCGCCAAAACCUAGGACUGAAAGCGAGUAUUUUGGAAGAAAGAGAUACAUUUUGUAUGCUUUCUUUUCCUUUUGUAGAUGCCCGACUUAUUUUCUAAGACUGCAAAGAUCACUUUGUCACCAGCCCUGGGACCUGAGGCCAAGGGGUUGUCUUGUGGGCAGUGAGGGGGAAGGACAGGCUGGCCUGAGGUUCACAGUCAUUCCAGUGAGCUCUGAUGAGGGGCCACCAGAUCUUGAGGGUGUGUAAGGGACCAGGAGGUUAAAAAGAAAGGCCCCUGAUGGUGGGCUCUUUGUGUUGGAGCUGAAAGGUUACCUGGAAGGAGAUGAGAAUUUGGAUACCAGUUCUGAGCUUGAUAGAAGGAAUUAGGGUCACUCUGGCUAACAUAGGGGUACAGCAUCCUUAGUAACCCGAGCGUGGCUCAAAGCGGUCAUGAUUUCAUCCAAAACACAAUGUGUAAACUUACUCAGCUAACAAUGGGAAAUGUAUUGCUUCUGUGCGCAGUGGACUUACGUGCAAUUUGUUCACAAGGGAACAAGUCAUUGAGGAGAAACAAAAGCCCAAUACUUAGAGUCCCAAUUUUGUCUUAUUUGCCAAAAAAGCAACCCCCCUAGAGUUGAUAUUGUUACAAUGUACAUACUGUAAAAUAUGAAAGAAUCGAUGUAUCUUACUUUUUCAUUAUUUGCUAACCAAAGCUGUACAUUUUUCAUACAAUCCGCAGCCUUUUGAGUAUCAAAGGGGUAAACCACACCCAUCAGCCAUUCUGGAAGUGCACUAUUUAUACUGGUAUCCUUGCUUUUUUUUUCCCAUUUUCUUGCUGAGAUGACAUGAAUUGUUAAGUUUAUUUUUACACAGUAAAGAGUGAAGAAAGA